GUAACUAAAGGUCAUGCCUUUUUCCAUUUGCAUUUGAAUGAGAGUGCUGUAAUUAGAUCCGAACGAGUUGGUUGUUGCUAAUGUUUAAUUGCCCAUUACCUCAAGAAGAGAUCGAUGUUCAAACCUAAUUUUCGAUUUUAUUUAGGUAUGAUAGUGAGAGUUAGGCAGAGGGAGGUAGCCUGUAAACGAACCGUAGGUGCAAAGCAGAAUUACAUAAAUAGGAAUUAACUCCAUCAAGGCUAAGGGGGUGGUGUUUGGUAAUGAAUUCUGAUUCUCCUCUGCAUUCCUAUGGUUUGAGGUUGUUGAGGUGAUGUUACCGAGAAGAAAACGAAAGCACGACUCGAGAAAGGAAGUGCUUGGGUGAUAAGAAAACGAAGAGAAAAUAAUUGGGUCGGGGUGGGAAAAGAGAAAGGGAUGGCGGAUUCGAAGGCUGCGUUGGAGGAGUCUGCGAAGAAUGUGGAGGAAGAAGUAAGGAGAGUGGUGGAGCAGGCGAAGGAGCUGCAGGAUUCGGUUGCAUCUUCCAUCUCCAAGGCCUCCUCCGAUGAGCUGUCUCUCCGUCACCGCGCACUUUCCCUCGACUCCUCCAUCCGCCGCCUCCAGUCUUUGCUCCGUUCUCUGCUCUCCUAUCACCUUCUCGAUCCUAAAUUAGUUAACAAGCUCCAAGAAGAAUUAGAGAGAGCAAGAUGUAUUAUGGUUGACGGAGAUGCCGCUACAUAUCUUCGUGGCAAAAAUCAGGGCGGGUUUCUGAGGAUGUUUCUGGGUCCAAUUAAUGUGCGUGCCUCGCGGAAAGACGUCCAGCUGAAGGUUAAAGAGGAGUACAACAGCUACAGAGAUAGAACCGCCCUCCUUUUUCUUCUUUUUCCAUCGAUACUGCUUAUCCUAAGAUCUUGGAUUUGGGAUGGAUGCUUGCCAGCAUUUCCUGUUCAGCUGUAUCAGGCUUGGCUUUUGUUCCUCUACACUGGUUUGGCAUUGCGAGAAAACAUUUUGAGAGAGAAUGGAAGUGAUAUUCACCCAUGGUGGAUAUACCAUCACUACUGUGCUAUGAUAAUGGCCCUUGUUAGUCUUACAUGGGAGGUUAAAGGACAGCCAAAUUGUGCACAAAAGCAGAGAGGGGUUCAACUUUUCUUACAAUGGGCUAUGAUGCAAGGAGUUGCGAUGCUUUUACAAAAUAGAUAUCAGCGCCAGAGACUCUAUACCCGGAUUGCAUUGGGAAAGGCUAAGAGGAUGGAUGUUGUCUGGGGAGAAACGGCCGGUGUGGAUGGCCAACUGUGGCUGUUGUGUCCCAUACUUUUUAUUUUACAGGGUUUUGAGGCGUACGUGGGACUGCUGUUGCUCCAGACUGCAUAUCUCGGGGUCGUUUCUGAGUGGCAGGUAUUUUUUUGUGGGAUCCUUUUCGUCAUAAUGGCUAUUGUGAACUUUGCAAAUACAGUACAGACACUCCUAGCCAAGUCGAGGUUUAAGGCAAAGAUGAAAAGAAGUAAGAGCAAGCAGGAUCUGCAAUAGCUUAUCCCUAACUAUCAGAUAUGGUCUUCCUAAAGCCUUUUACUAAAUUCCACUUUUGGGAUUUUUUUCUCUCGGUCUCAACAUGUUUUCUUGAAGCCAAGGCAGCAGAAGUUUCUUCAUAAAUUUUCAUUUUUGACUUCCCCCACUCACCUUUCCAAAGGGGGUCUGAGAAUGAAUGUAUUUAACUUUGACACAAGCGUUAACUGUAAUGCAAGUCCUAAUAAUUUUGUGUAGUACUUAGCCCAUAUUAUCUGCUCGACUGCACCUGUGUAAUUAUAUUUUCUUCUCUUUUGCAUAAACAUGGAGUCAAGGUAAAGAGCCUUCAUGUGAAAUGAGAUUGUACUUCGUUCCUCCCA